GGCAACCAUAAAACAGAUGAACUGUACAUUUUGUCUCUUAUGUUGAAAUAUGAGACUUAAGGUCACUUCCGUUCGUUUUCCGCAUUUCGCCGGCCGGCCUGACGCCACAUCCUGCCACUUCACCGCUAAUAUAAGAAGCUUUCUCUGUUGAAUAGCCAUAUUUUUGUUUUAAUGUCAACGCGACCAAGAGUAAUAAAUUAUUCGCUAGUCCUUUUACUGCAGCGGGAAUUAAUUUACAGGCGCGUGGUAACGUUCAAUUAGCGAAACGGCCGGUGUAGUGACAGCUUCAUAUCAGCCAGGGGAGGAGUCGUGCACACGCAGAGUCCACCUCUGUUGUGUGAUAAAUGAAGGAAUAACAGGUUAAAGAUGAACAAAACUCAAUAGAAGACGUUACACAGGGCAGGUAACGUUACAUGCACAGGACUAGCCAAACUGGGACUUCAGGAGGUUAAGUAAGAACAAACGCUCUUUACCAUCUAGGGAACCAGGAGGGUAACGUUCAUUAUAGUUUGACUGCACAUGAGGAUACAAGGGUAAAGUCAUUAAAGUGACAAUGCUGCUACGAAGGCUGACCCUGUGUUCAAGGAUCCCACUGGAUUACCCGGGACACGUAUGCCGGUUGCUCACCAGACGACUGACACAAGUUCCCCAGGGGAGGGCACAUGGCAGCUCCUUUGCACACCGCGGUGAACUGCGUAGGGCCAAGAGGAUCGUAGUCAAGCUCGGCAGUGCUGUGGUCACCCGUGGGGAUGAAUGUGGCCUGGCUCUGGGGAGGCUGGCCUCCAUUGUGGAGCAGGUGGCCAUGCUGCAGAAUCAAGGCAGGGAGAUGAUGAUUGUCACCAGUGGAGCAGUGGCCUUUGGCAAGCAAAGAUUAAGACAUGAGAUCCUUCUGUCCCAGAGUGUCCGACAGGCGCUGCACUCAGGACACAAUCAGCUCAAAGAUAUGUCUAUGCCAGUGCUGGAGGCCCGGGCCUGUGCUGCAGCUGGACAGAGUGGCCUGAUGGCCCUGUAUGAGGCUAUGUUCACCCAGUACAGCACUUGCACUGCACAGGUCCUGGUGACGAAUCUGGAUUUCCACGAUGACCAAAAGAGGCAGAAUCUGAACAGCACACUGCAGGAGCUGCUGCGUAUGAACAUUGUGCCCAUCAUCAACACUAAUGAUGCUGUGGUGCCCCCGCCGGAGCCCAACAGUGACCUGCUGGGGGUAAAUGUGAUCAGCAUUAAGGACAACGACAGUCUGGCGGCGCGGCUAGCUGUAGAGAUGAAGGCCGACCUCCUCAUCGCGCUGUCUGAUGUGGAAGGACUGUACAACAGCCCCCCUGGAACAGAUGACGCAAAGCUCAUUGACAUCUUCUACCCUGGAGACCAGCAGUCCAUCACCUACGGUACAAAGUCCAGAGUUGGUAUUGGAGGCAUGGAGGCCAAGGUCAAGGCUGCCCUCUGGGCCCUGCAAGGUGGCACCUCAGUGGUCAUUGCAAAUGGCACCCACCCCAAAGUAACAGGUCAUGUCAUCACUGACAUUGUGGAGGGAAAGAAGGUGGGAACCUUCUUCUCUGAGAUCAAACCUGCUGGCCCAACUGUGGAGCAUCAGACAGAAAUGGCACGCAACUCUGGAAGAACCCUGGCAUCUCUGCACCCAGACCAGAGAAGUGCGAUCAUCUGCCAUUUAGCAGAGCUGUUGACCGAAAGGAAGGAAGAGAUUCUGGCUGCCAACAAGAUGGACAUAGACCUGGCUGUAAAUGCAGGCCAUUUGCCUCCAGCCAUGCUGAAGCGUCUGAGCUUGUCACCUGCCAAACUUAACAGCUUGGCCAUAGGUCUGCGCCAGAUCGCUGUGGCCGCCCAGGACAGUGUGGGUCGUGUGCUGCGCAGGACCAGGGUGGCUCACAACCUGGAGCUGGAGCAGAUCGCUGUGCCCAUUGGAGUCCUUCUAGUCAUCUUUGAGGCCCGACCUGACUGCCUGCCACAGGUGUCAGCAUUGGCCAUAGCCAGUGGCAACGCCCUCCUGCUGAAGGGAGGCAAGGAGGCAUCCAACACCAACCGUGUCCUCCACCAGCUCACCCAGGAAGCCCUUUCCAUUCACGGAGUCAGAGAGGCAGUGCAGCUGGUAAGCACUCGUGAGGAGGUGGAGGAUCUAUGCCGACUGGACAAGAUGAUCGACUUGAUUAUCCCUCGAGGUUCAUCCCAGCUGGUGAGGAACAUUCAGCGGGCGGCCAAGGGCAUCCCGGUGCUGGGUCACAGCGAGGGAAUCUGCCACGUCUAUGUCGAUGCAGAAGCCAGCAUUGACAAAGUCAUCAAAAUUGUCAGAGACUCCAAGUGUGACUACCCAGCUGCAUGUAAUGCCAUGGAAACUCUGCUGAUCCACAGGGAAAUCCUCAGGACCCCACUGUUUGACCAGAUCAUUGACAUGUUGCGCACUGAACGGGUGAAGAUUCAUGCAGGCCCUCAGUUCGCCUCCUUCCUGACAUUCAGCCCAUCGGCGGUAAAGUCUAUGCGGACUGAGUACGGUGACCUGGAGUGCUGCAUAGAGGUGGUGGACAGCAUGCAGGAGGCUGUGGACCAUAUUCACAAGUAUGGCAGCUCCCACACAGACGUUAUCAUCACAGAAAAUGAGAACACAGCGGAGCAAUUCCUUCAGCAGCUGGACAGUGCCUGUGUUUUCUGGAACGCAAGCUCUCGUUUCGCUGAUGGCUACCGCUUUGGUCUAGGAGCAGAGGUAGGUAUUAGCACGGCUCGUAUUCAUGCCCGGGGCCCUGUCGGCCUAGAGGGGCUGCUCACCACCAAGUGGGUCCUGAGAGGUGCGGGGCACACAGCAGCCGACUUCUCUGAGCAGGGUACCAUGAAGUACCUCCAUGAAAACCUGCCUGUCGAGCAGCCUCUCUCUGUGCAGAGGGACAGCAACUAGACCAGAGACUUUUUACAACACUGACUUGGCAUUAACAUUGGUCAAAAUGCACACAGCAUGGAGAGAAGCGCCCAUAUUAUGCUAAUUUUCAGGUUCAUAAUUGUAUUUUAAGGUUGUACCAGAAUAGGUUUACAUGGUUUAAUUUUCAAAAAACACCAUAUUUUAGU